GUGGGUUUCUAGAAUUAUAUCCGUUACAUUCAUACGAUGCGGCGAGCAAACAGAAAACUUAUCCCUGCGUCACGCCUCACAUAAUUUUAUAUCUACGCGUAUCUCUCUCCAUCCCUAUAUAUACCCUUGUUCAUCUCCCUUAUUUCAUAUCUGUCUUUCAGCUUUAAUAUUUUCUGCAAACAAGCCUUGUUAUAUUUCAUUUCUUCUUCAAUUAAUUCAACUCAAAGCUUCUGCUUUUAAGUAUCAGAUCGGAUCAGUCAAUGGCCAGUCAGUCCAGCAAUCCCCAAUCCAUUCAUGACUUCACUGUCAAGGAUGCCAAGGGUAAUGAUGUGGAGCUUAGCAAGUACAAGGGAAAAGUUCUGAUUAUUGUUAAUGUUGCAUCCCAAUGUGGCCUCACCAAUUCAAACUACACAGAGUUGGCCCAGUUAUACGAGAAGUACAAGAAUCAAGGUCUAGAAAUUCUUGCUUUCCCUUGCAACCAAUUUGGGGCUCAGGAGCCUGGGACCAAUGAGGAGAUUGUAGAGUUUGCUUGCACUCGCUUCAAAGCAGAGUACCCCAUAUUUGACAAGGUCGAUGUCAAUGGAUCCAAUGCUGCACCAGUGUACAAGUACCUCAAGUCUAGCAAAGGUGGACUCUUUGGUGACGGUAUUAAAUGGAAUUUUUCCAAGUUUUUGGUUGAUAAGGAUGGGAAAGUUGUCGAUCGCUAUGCACCCACAACCUCUCCUCUCAGCAUUGAGAAGGAUGUGAAGAAACUGUUGGGAAUUGCUUAAGCUUACCUUCACAAACGCAUAUCAAGUCUUUAUCUAGCUAUUGUGGAAGAAUGUUUUAUGUUUUAUCAGUUAUGUACUUAUAGAGUUGUGCAUGAAAAUGCUCAAGUUCAGAGAGCUUUUGAGCAUUCUCAGUUGUAUUCAUAAGGUUCCUUUUGAUAUUAAAAUGCUUGAAUCCAAGUAUUGAUUGUCCUAUAUAUAUAAUAAAUUUGUUCUUUCUUCAA